AGGAGGGGGAAAAAAAGGGGGGAAGGGGAGAAAGGAGGUGGAGAAGAUGCCAUGGUGGUCCCGGCUCGCCUCUUGCCCGCCAGCCGGCUGCCUGCUCGCUCCUGCCCGCGCCUGAGACCCUCCUGGCAGCUGCCUCGGUAGCAGCGGCGGAAGCCCCCCUCCCCAACCCCGUCUCGGGCCAGGAUUCGGGGGUCCCCAACCCCCGGGGCUGAAUGGCCGGGCGGCGGCCGCGCUAUGAUGCUGGCCAUGGUGCUGGUGCUGGUGCUGUGGCUGGGCUCGGCUUGCGCCCUGCAGCCCGCCGGCUCCCGAUGGGUUUCCCCGGCGCCUCCUUGGCCCCGGCGGCCCGAAGGCAGCGGCGAGAACGAGCUGGCAACCUGGACGCCAAACGCCACUCGGGAGUCACCGGCCGCCUCUCCGACGCCGAGCACUGACAGCGCGCCCGGCCCGGCUCCGGCUCCGACUCUCACCUGGCCGUCCCCGGGCCCUGCCUCGCCCCCUCCGGCCUCCGCCUCGCCUGCCCCGCAGGAGGACCCCCCCGCCGGCCCCCCGACCCAUGGGCCUCCCUCGCCGGCAGAAGAGGGAGAGGAGGAGGAAGAUGCGCCGGCCCACAGCGGAACAGAUGUCUUCUGCAACUGCAGCUCCGUCGGAAGCACAAGUGUGGGUGAGUGCAACGCCACGGGUCACUGUCACUGCCACCCAGGAUACACAGGGCCCUCGUGCGACAGAUGCGAAGAUGGCUACUAUCUCAGUCAACCUCCCCAACGUUGCCUUCCUUGCGAGUGUCAUCCCGAGGACUCCAUCUCUUCGUCCUGCAACAACCUUGGAAGGUGCCAGUGCAAAGCUGGAGCCACGGGGAUCAAAUCCCAGUGCCCGGAAGGGUUCUCCAAGUUCAACGGAACCGCCUGCCGGCCAUGCCAGUGCAACAAUCAUUCGUUGCAGUGCGAUCCUUUGACAGGCGCUUGCCUUAAUUGUCAUGGAAACACCGAAGGCACCUACUGUGAGAAUUGCAAAGGACAUUUUUACCGCAACCGCUCUGAGCUUCACGAGUGUCUCCGUUGCCCUUGCUCCACGGAAUUUUCCAGCGGCAGCUGUCAGAUAAAGCCUGGUCAGCAAACCGCAAGCUGUGAUGAGUGCCGUCUUGGCUACAUCGGCCCUCUCUGCAACGAAUGCGACAAGGGCUACUACAGCUCGGACAGCAUCUGCCUGAAAUGCCAAUGCAACGGGAAUGUGGAUCCGGCCCUUUCCCCGACAGUCUGCAAGGCAGAUACGGGCGAAUGUAUCGGUUGCCUCUACCACACAGCCGGGGUUCAUUGCGAGAAGUGCCAAGAAGGAUACGCCAAACGUUUGGAAGGAGCAAACUGCACCAAGGAAGAAUCUACUCCGGUCCCUACAGCUCCAAACUUCAACGCGUCAACCGUCUCGCCUACCGUGGUCUUCAACACCACGUCGGUGCAGCGGACGGUGCAGCCGACUUUCCCAAGUCCGUCUUCUGAGAAUGGCACGUCGACGUUGGCCGACGUCUCCUGGGCCCAGUUCAACAUCAUCAUCCUAACCGUCAUCAUCAUCCUGGUUGUUUUGCUGAUGGGUUUUGUAGGCGCCGUCUACAUGUACCGCGAAUAUCAGAACCGGAAGCUGAACGCUCCGUUUUGGACCAUCGAACUGAAGGAGGACAACAUCAGCUUCAGCAGCUACCACGACAGCAUCCCCAACGCAGACAUCUCCGGCUUGUUAGAAGACGACGCCAACGAAGUGGCGCCCAACGGACAGUUGACGUUGGCCACGCCGAUGCAUAACUACAAAGCGUGACGAAUCCAGGCAGGAACGGAUUGCAAAUUUCUUCCUUUUUUUAAAAAGAAAAAAGAAAAAAUCCUUGGAACGAAUCAGCGCCAGGGCGCUUUGGGUGAAGAUUGCAUGGUUCCUGUGUUUCAAGCCAGAAGGAAGUAGAUAUUUUCUUUUUCUCGGGUUGGCCAAGCUUCUUGUCCGUUGUCCAACAAGACGAGAGUCGGACAAAUGACAGAGGCGAGUCAAAUGAAAGUUACGGAUUGGAUUCAGCUUUGCCUUUUUGAUGCCACGGUGGGUAUUCGCCUGUAUUUUUUUAAAAAAAGAAGCAGCUGCUUGAAUAUAUAUAUAUUUUUGUAUGGAACCCUCGGAGAAGUCACUCAAAAAUCAUCUCACGGCCACUCAGAAGACGCAGGCGGACACUGGAAACUGAACUUUUAAAGCGCUUGUUGGAAAAGUGACUAGUGACAGAAGUGAUGGAAAAGAAGAAUCAAAUCUCGGUCCGAGUUUUGCUAUUUAAAAAACAACAACAAAUCAACGAUGGACGGAUCCAGACGGAAUAACGGUGACCAAAGUUUUGCGUAACUCCCUUCGUUCUCCUCUCUUUUAUUUUUUGAGAAAGGGACUUAGGCGUCCUCUUCCCAUCCUUUUGUGAAUAGUUUCCUUCCAAGCUAGUAACGUUAUUUAAAAGUUAAACGUGGCUUUUUAGCGCCUCUAUUUUGCUUCGACUUGGAUUCCUUUCCCAGAGAGGAAGCGUGAAAGAAUGCUCCAACGCUGGAAGUUUUGAAGAAGAUGCUGGAUAACCAUUUGUCUGAAGUGGUGUAGGGUUUCCUGCCUAAGCAGGGGGUUGGACUAGAAGACCUCCAAGGUCCCUUCCAACUCUGUUAUUCUAUAUUCUAUAAAGAGGAGGCCAAGAAUUUUUACGGAACCGUAUUCGGAGCAGAAAAUGGUGUGUAUACAGAAGGGGAACAGAGAUUCCUUCGGCUGCGUUUGUAACUAUUUGUACAAAAAAGAAAUCAGGUGUUGAAUUUUAACUGUUCUAAGAUUUUUUUUAUCUGUACAGGGGUUCAUGGCGUCGUUUAAAAAAAAAAAAACGAGGCCAAAUGAAACCAGAUCUAAGCUAAGAUUUGUGGGUGGGAGAAAGUAAGUAUUGUAUUAAAGUGUUGUAAAUUUAGAGGGCGAAUAUCUGGAGCUGGGACUCCAGAUGAAACAGGGGUGAUGCGAAUCUCUCGUCUUCGAACAAUACAAGUUGUUUGCAUCUUCAAGGUUAAGUUUUCUCUGCUUGUUAUUUCAUGGAUUUUUUUAUAUCCUAACAAAGACUUUUGUGAUUUUGAGGGGAGGCAAGGAUUUAGGAUAGUGGGAUGGAGUGGAGUCAUAGAAUUGUUUCCCUGAAUGCAAAGCCAGUCUCUAAGGAUAUGGAUGGAGAAAUUCAGAUUUCUCCGGUGCGAAUUUUAGAAUCUGCACUGAAUUUGGAACCCCUUCCUUUUGCCAACUCUCGGCCUUAUUUGUAAGUAGGGACGUCUGCGUCUGCAUGAAAACCCACUCAUCAAAACAGACACCUUAAUUGGUGGUGGGUUUCAAUUUUUUUUACUACCGGUUCUGUGGGUGUGGCUUGGUGGGCGUGGCAUGGCUUGGUGGGCGUGGCAGGAGAAGGAUACUGUAAAAUCUCCAUUCCCUUCCUCACUCCAGGGGGAGGUUACUGCAAAAUCCCCAUUUCCUCCCGAUCAGCUGGAACUCGGGAGGCAGAGAAUAGAUGGGGGGUGGGGCCAGUCAGAAUUUUUACUACCGGUUCUCCGAACUACUCAAAAUUUCCGCUACCGGUUCUCCAGAACUGGUCAGAACCUGCUGAAACUCACCUCUGGCAUGGAGACAUCCGCCAGUAUUUCAUCUCCUUUAUUGAGAGUUUUUUUUUUUUUAAAUAGCUUUUCUUUCUUCUUGGAGCUGAGAGUCCUGUAUGAAUUCACGCAUCGGAGUUGGGUAACCCUAUUUGCUCCGUGCACAUACAUCUUAUUAACUUAACCGUUAUGCUUCAGGGGGUGUAGAAAAUGCAGAACCUGGUUACCUCCGGGGCUUGGAAGAAGAAAAUUGCGUGAAAUUACUCCCAGCAGAGUGUCGCACUUGUUCGACAAAGGAAAAAACAACUUUCAUCAGCAGGGUUGGUAUCGAAGAAAUGACACUGUAGGCUGACGAAGCGGAAUUUGAUAUUCAGAAAGUGGUAUUAGCAGGAAAAGUUGAUUGGAUUUCAGUUGACGGAGCAAGAAGCGAAACAAAAAUAGACUUGGACCGAGAUAAAACCAGACUUUUGGGCAUUUGUUGCUUCUGUAGUAGAGCAAAGAAACAUGUUCUUAGCACUUUGAGGCUCACAAAGUUUUCGAGAUAAAUGAUCUCUGAAAAAGGAUGAAUGGGACGAUUUAUGCUAAGGAUUAUUUUUGUCCUGCACUUACAGCAUCUGCUAAACUGAAUUCGGAUUUUAGAGCAUUUUAUUGCUUUCAAAGAGGCUCUGGUUGGUCAAAUGUUGUGCAUGAUGCCAUAGAGGUACCGUGUCAGCACUUCAAGCUGCAUUUACUCUAGUGCUGACAUAAGAAGAAGUGGAGGCGUCUGGAAAGGAACAUUUGACUUUUCACCUCCUUAUUUUCCCUGGAGAUAAUAUCCCCUAGGAGAUGGGAUGUGAGGGGGGAAAUUCCUUUGAGCUGGAGCAGUAGAUUAGGGGUAGAGUGACUUGGAAGUUGGCCAAUGAAUGCAGAGGAGUAGGGUACGGAAAGGGAGGGUUUUGGGUCUGGAAGUCAGUGUUGGCUACGAUGGAGUCAGAGUGAAUGUCGUGCUUAAUAAAUGGGAGUUUUUCAUCAAAGACUUUGUUUGAAAUGCAAUUUAUUUGAGACGACCUCAAAACCUGACAUACCGUAUUUGUGGGGUUCUUUCUGAGCUUGGUGGUUUUGGUGCAGACGUUUCAUUUCCCAACUGGCUAAUGUCAUUAGUGUUAGAAGGGAGUGGAGUUAUGAUGUAUAUAAACAGAGAGCAAACCCAUUCCCUUCUACCACUGAUGAUGUUACCCUAGUUGGGUAAUAAGACGUCUUGCAAGAAAACCACCAAGUUCAGAGAGCACCAAGGACCCCACAAAUAUGGUACCCUUAUGGCAUCACGGACAACAUUUGACCAAUCAUAGCCCCUCGUUUCAACCCUGAGCUACGGAUAUCCUCCUUUAUUGGCGUACCCUAUUUGCUUUCCAUUUUUAAAAAUUGCACUUUUUUUUUUUGCCCUGGGCGGCUUUGCUAAAAGUCCACCACCUUCUUUGAAUCUUUCCAGAACUUUGAAGACUCUUCCAAUUAUUUUGGCUUAUGGGUUUUGGGUGGUAAAUAUUGCAUCGGCAAUCCUUACGUUUCGCUAAAACAGGGUGAGACAGGGUUUCCCACUCCCCCACCCCACCAGAAAGUGGAUGUUGAGUGCUGUUAUAUAGAAAGAUUUUGAAGAAGAGGUCUCCAUCAAACCAGGGGUGAAAUGCUACCGGUUCGGAUUGGUUCGAGCAAACCGGUAGUAACAAAAUGCUACCGGUUCAGAUGAAUUGGUAUUUCCGUCGAUCAGCUGUGCUGCACGAUUUCUAUGCUUUCUAGCGAAUCUAAAUCGUGUGGCGCAGCUGUUUCCCACCCCCUCGCUGUUCUACUUACCUUAGAAAAGGCUUCUUAAGCCUUUUUUUUCAGUGUUGCAGUGGGCAUGCAUUCGUUUGGCAUGCAUGUGUGAAGCGUGCAUUUGGCAUGCACCACGCAUGUGCAGCGAAUCGGUAGCCGACCUCGGAGGAUUUCACCACUGCCUCAAACAGUCCUGCUAUCAGUUGCAAUUUUGGUAUGAACGUGUUUGCUGGAUAUGAUGUUUUAUGCGAAGCCCUCUGGUGCUCUCUGACCUUGGUGGUUUUCUUUGCAGACAUUUCAUUACCCAACUAGGGAACGUCAUAAUAAUAUUAACUUUAUUGUCAUUGUACGUGUAUACAGAGUAUACCCAUACAACGAAAUUCACUUAACACCCAAAGACCAGGUCCAACACACAUAACAAUCCCCACCCACCACAAUUCCCCACCCCUAAAUCACCCAAACAUCCACACAACAGACCAAGUAAUGCUGUCCAACAGCUCACUGACGGUGGCCCUUUAGUUCAUUGUUGAGUGCAAUUAUAGCUCUGGGAUAAAAACUAUUCAGAAGACGUGUGGUCCGAGUUUUAAUUUUUCUGUAUCUUCUGCCAAAAGGCAACACAGUCCAAAAAGAUUGUAAGCAGGAUGGGAAGAGUCUCUGAGAACGUUAUGCAACUUCCUCAGACAGUGAGAUUCGAAGAUGUCGUCCAGGGCUGGUAGCUGGAGUCCGAUGAUAUUCUGCGCAGUUUUAAUGAUUCACUGUAGAGCUUUUUUAUCCGCUGCAGAGCUGCUCCCAUACCAUGCAAGAAUGCCGUAUGUCAGGACACUCUCAAUGGUGCUGCGAUAGUAGGACAGAAGGAGAUGCUGAGAUAGAUUUAUCUUCCUGAGCAUUCUCAGGAAGUACAGCCUCAUCAGUGAGUGCUGAUGUUUUCUUUAGCCCCGAGAACGGCAAAAUUCAAAACUCUUCAAAAGAACUUUUGAAAAAAACGACAAGCUUGCAAGGGCAUUUUUUUUGAAAAUAUUGUAAUGGCGCGUCGAGCUUAUAAGUCGAAUACCCCAAGUAAUAUUGAGUUCCCAUGGGAUCGAAUGGUCCACGAGCAGGCGAUGUCUCCACAGUGCAAAAAAACCCACCGAUCACGGGUCCUUAAAAAAGUCUGUGAAAAAUUAAAUCACUCAGGUGUGCAGCGAAGAUAAUCUGUGCCAGAAGGGUGCCACUAGAUACACCUUUCAAGGAAAUGUACACGAAUUAAAAAAAACAGGCGAAUUUUGAUUUAAGCCACAUAAACGAGAACUGUGAGCCACUUCAAUCCCUGAGCUGAUGGGUGGAAGAAAAAUAAUGUCCCUGCACCGUUGAUCUUUACACAAAACAGUGUUCAAAAUGUUUUACGAUUUUAAGGAAAUGGGCCAGUUAAUGUGUGAAAUAAUCCGUUCCAUGACCACCUGGGAAAAAUGGUUUCCAAACAUAAAUAGAGAUGCUUUGUGUGUAUUUGUGUAUUUUUUUCCCCCCUCCAAAAAAUCUUAAAUUUAAUGACCUUCCCCUAGCUAGAAAUAAUUGCAUGAAGUUUAACUGUAGAGAGAUGGCAUGAAACUGUAUAAUGAAAUAGGUACCACGAUAGACCAGGCCAAAAAAAUAAUAUAUUUAAAUUUAUGAAACGAGUAUGAUCAUUUUAGCAUGGUUUUGCCAAGCCCGUUUGACACUUUUAAGGAUAUGCGAAAUAAGAGUAUACGUCCCACAGACAUAAUCCAUUUAAAAGAAGCUUGAAAUGCGUUAUCUGUUAAUGCAACCCUCUAAACUUCUGAUAAUCUCGCAACGUUUAUGCCUCUGAUCCUUUGCAUUAAGAUUUCGACUUGCAGAGCUUGUAUGCGUUUUAACGUGACAUGUCAACUAUAUUUUGGGGUGGAUGGGCUUUUUAAUCCUAAACAUUCGUUCGGCUUAUGAAAUGCAUUUGUUUAAGGGAAAAAAAGGUCUUUCUGUGUGUGGAAGAGUGUGUACAGUACGUGUGCGAGGGGUGAGAGUAUGGAUCUGAAUUUACCUGGAAUUUAUACUGAAGAAUGUUAUUUAAACAACAAAUAAAAUGUAGAUAAUUUGUAUCUAA